CAAUCACAGAAUCAACCAAAAGGAUUAAACUUAAACCUCCCUUUUCUUUGGGGAUCUAGCAAUUCAAAUUAAAGCACAUAAUAGAGCUGUUAGAUGGAACCAUUUGAGCCUCAGAAUUUCAUAAAACCAAACCUUUUUUUCUUUUUUACUAGUAAACUAAACAAACUUUUUUUCUUAUAUAAAUAAUCAAAUAAGAAAUUUUAAUAGGUUAUGAAAAAUGGAGAGACACGCUACGCAAUUGCAAGUUUGCAACCCGAUCUUUCUUUCUAUGUUUUCUCGAGCGUUUCUUUCCUUCUCUCGCAUAAAAAAGGAAACAAACGGUACUUAUAAAUAUAUAUUUUUAAACGUUGUAUAUAUUGAUGCAUCGCUUUUCUCUCUCUUAGUUCAAAUUUCGAAAUUCGGAAGAUGCUCCUCCGAAGCCACUGUUGCUACUACCUUACCAUCAUCACCGCGCUGGCAGUGUUCCUUGCAACGACGUCGUUCGCCGACGCCCAAUCCUGCAACGGCAUCCUCGUCUCCUACGCCCACACCGGCGGCGUGCGGCUGCCGCCGAAUGUCUCCGACCCGGCAAAGCAGCCUUACCGGUUCGAGUCGACGGUGACGGUACUCAACAACGGCCUCGACGAGCUCAAGUCGUGGAAGGUCUUCGUUGGGUUCGACCACGACGAGUUGUUGGUCUCCGCCUCCAAUGCUGUGCUCGCCGACGGCACCACCCUCCCCGCCGCCGUCGGAAACGGCACCGUCUUCGCCGGCUUCCCCAUGACCGAUCUCAAGACCGCCGUCGAAACCGCCGGCGACUUGACCCAGAUGCAGGCUCAGAUAGAACUCGUCGGCACCGUGUUCGGGGUGGCGCCGCCCAGUGUUCCGAUGCCGAAAUCCAUCAACCUCGCCAAUGAUGGAUUCCUCUGUCGCAGAUCCACCGCUCAAGGGAAGAAUGCGAGUAGUGUGUGUUGCACGAGAGAUCCCAAAUUCAAAACUAACAUUACUACGGAUGAAGAGUUUCUGCCACGUCAGAGUGGUGAUCUUACCAUUAUGUAUGAUGUGAUCAGAACUUAUGAUUCAAAUUACUGGGCUGAGGUUACUAUUGCAAACCAUAACCCACUUGGGAGGCUUGACAACUGGAGGUUGAGCUGGGACUGGAUGAAUGAUGAGUUUAUUUAUUCAAUGAAAGGGGCUUAUCCUUCUGUUGUGGAUGCUUCUGAUUGUCUCUUUGGUAAGCAAGGAACAUUCUACAGGGAUCUUGACUUUGCCCAUGUGUUGAAUUGUGAGAGGAGGCCAACCAUAAUUGAUCUCCCUCCCACCAAGUUCAAUGAUUCCGACCUUGGGAAGAUUCCCUUUUGCUGCCGGAAUGGCACUAUUUUGCCUCCAUCGAUGGAUCCUAGCAUGUCUGCUUCGAGAUUCCAAAUGCAGGUCUUCAAGAUGCCACCAGCGCUUAACCGAUCCCAGCUUUUGCCCCCGCAGAACUGGAACAUAAGUGGCACACUCAACCCUGACUAUAAAUGUGGCCCUCCUGUAAGAGUGAGUCCUACUGAAAAUCCUGACCCAUCCGGCUUACCAUCAAACAAAACUGUGAUGGCCAGUUGGCAGAUUGUGUGCAACAUAACAACAGCCAAGAGAACAUCAAGUAAAUGCUGUGUCUCGUUUUCAUCUUAUUACAAUGAUUCAGUUAUUCCGUGCAAAACAUGUGCUUGUGGAUGCCCCAAGAACGCAGAGAGAACAUGUAGUACUACUGCUCCAGCUAUGUGGCUUCCACCAGAGGCACUUCUUGUUCCUUUUGAGAACCGAACCGCCAAGGCUGUUGCUUGGGCAAGUCUGAAACAUCUCCGGGUGCCAAACCCAAUGCCAUGUAGUGAUAACUGUGGUGUGAGCAUCAACUGGCAUUUGUACACAGACUACACCAAAGGAUGGAGUGCAAGGGUCACCCUUUUUAACUGGGGAGAGACUAAUUUUGCAGACUGGUUUGCCGCUGUGCAAAUGGACAAAGCAGCUGCAGGUUUUGAGAAAAUGUAUUCAUUCAAUGCAACUCUUCUAGAUGGUGUAAACAAUACAAUAAUCAUGCAAGGUUUGCCAGGAUUGAACUACCUUGUAGCAGAAACAGAUGCAGCUGAUCCUCUGAGAGAUCCUAGGGUGCCUGGUAAGCAACAAUCAGUGAUCUCGUUCACAAAGAAAACUACUCCUGGAAUCAAUGUAGCUCAUGGAGAUGGGUUUCCCACUAAGGUAUUUUUCAAUGGGGAAGAAUGCUCUCUUCCUUCAGUGUAUCCAAGCAGUAGUGGUUUCAGGGAUGGUUUUUCAUUGGCUACUCCCUUGCUUCUAACACUGUUGAUGAUCCUCUUGUAGCGGUAAUAGUGGCUAUGUUUGAUUUUUGGCUCUGGCCUGCUGUGUCCCGAGACACCAUUUGAUUCAUAUAUUGACCUCACCACAGAAACUCAGUGGACUUAGUCGUGCUGUUGUAACAUUCUUGCCUGUGUCUGGGUUGGAUGUUGUGGCAGUCAUUGUUCAAUUUAUAUGUGAUUCUUUCGAGCGUGUUAUAGUACAGAAGAUUGUAGUUUUGUGUUAGAUGAUAGAAAUAUAUUCCUUUUUCUGUUAAAAGUUUAUUGUUUUUUCUUUUUUUAAAUAAUCGGGCCUCGUAAAUGAAGGAAGAUUGUUUUUUCUUUCCUUGUUUCUUUUGUUUGCGUUUUUAUCCGAGUAAUUCUUCCCUAGGCGAUGGUUUUCGUAAAUGUACUAUCAUUCAAAGUAAA